AUGUCUUCACUGAAAACCAUCCUUAUAUUCUUCUAUUUGAUCUUGGCUGAUUGCCUUCUGAUCGAGUACCCAAUGUCGAUAGAGAAGGCACCAUUCAUGGCUACUGUGGGCAACUGUGGUGGAGCCAUAGUCUCCCGGCAAUUCGUCCUCGUUUCUGGGAAGUGUCUUUGUUUGGGCGAACGGCCCUCAGUAGUCUAUACUGGAACUAGUUGGAGCAAUAUCGGCAGUCUUCCGAAGCAGGAACAUCGGAUAAAACGAUUUCGCUUUGAACGUGACUACGGCUACUGUUCGCAAAGUCGACGAUCGGAUUUCGUUUUGGCAGAGUUGGAAGACAGUUUGAUUUACGACCACCGAGUGCAACCUAUUCAGCUCUACUGUGCGUCUCACCUCCCUGGUCAACUCGUUGCCCUUGGCUUCCACUUCCCAGGUCAGCUGUACGGUUUCAUUAACGAGGCGCUGGUCAACGUGAGGCGGGGUGAGCAUCGGUACCUCCAGGCGCUAAACAACGACAUCCCUUCGGAUGCCGUGGGUCCGCUUGUAAGCGUGCACGGGGACAGAAAGCGCCCCCACCUUGUUGGCGUCUACUCCCACCGUUAUGGAAAGACAAGUUUCUUUAAGGCUCUAGACCACACCAGCUGCAACUGGGUCCGACAACUCAUUAAUGAGGCCUACCGAAGGGGGUGA